GUUGGGUCCAGGCUGUAUUGCACGAGACUGUGGAUUAUAUUUUAAAUUGGAUGUAGACUCUAUUUUACAUUGGGGCUGAAUUAUAUUGCAUCGAGAGCAGUUUGCAUUGGAUGUGGAAUGUGUUCUACAUUGGAAGCAGAUUGUAUUGCAUCGGGUGUGGAAUGUGAUUUACACUGAGAGCAAAGUGUAUUGUAUUGGGUGUAGAACGUAUUUUACGUCGGAAGCGCGCAGUAUUUUACAUUGAGAGCAGAAUAUAUUGCAUUGGGUGUGCAUUGUAUUUUGCACUGAAAUUAGAUUGUAUUUUAAUUUGGAAGCAGAUUAUAUUCGGUGCAGACUAUUUUACAUUAGAAGUAGGUUGUAUUUGACAUUGAAUGCGGACUGUAUUUUAGAACGGAAGCAGAUUGAAAAGCACUGGGUACAGACUGUAUUUACAAUGGAUGCAAUGUGGUAGUUCGGUGCCGACUGCACAUUACAUCGAUUUACUUUACAUCAGGAAGCAGAUUGUUUUGCAUUGGGUGUGAUUUCUAGACACUGGAGCCUUUUAAACUUGUAUUAGUGCCCCACCUCGAUCACAGUCUCGCGAUGUUUGAUACAAUAUUUUAAAAUGGCUACAUUGUAGCUGGGUUAGUGUUGCGAACGUCAUCUUGUGACAAAAUCGGACAUUCCUCUGAAGCUGGCGAGAGCGCAGCAGCGUGCUGCUCGAAUUGAAUUGCUGACAGAGUCAACUGAUAAAGUUGUUUCAGGGGAGUCCAGUGUUGCAUCUCCCCCAUGCGAGGCCGUGUCUUACUAUGAGCCCCGACCCAGUCCUGGAACGAACAUGUUUCUCAGAACAGAGCCGGAAAAGGGUGUGGUAGCCACCUCCCAAUCACUGGAGGGAAAAGUGUAUAAAUGUUGUACCAAGGACUGCAAACAGUGUUUCUCCAGUAUGCAUCAUCUGGUGAAUCAUAUGAAAGUGCAUCACAAACCUAAUCGAUACUUCAAAUGUGAAGCAUGUAAACUACGUUUUCGAACUCAUCGAUCUCUAUUCAAACACAUGCACAUUUGUUUUAAUACUGCAACAAAUGCUCUUCCUCAAAAAGUAGAGAAGCAGUGUCCCAGCCCUUUGCCAGUCAGUGAGUCAGACGCUCUGAUCAAACAGCCAGUCCAGGUAGAGCCAGUGAAAUUCCAAAGUGUUAUCAAGCAGCUUGAAAAGGAUAGCAAUGUAGCAAACGUGGACACCAUCAGCAAGGCAUCUAAUUCAAGGCCACUCACACCACUCCCAAAUCCCCUGCCAACUCUUCACACGCCGCUAAGUUCAAUGCCAUUGGUCUCUGCAACCCCACAUUCAUUUUCACUGUUGGAGCCCUCUCUGUUUGCCACACCCAACCUGAGUAGGUUUCCUAGCCAAGCACACAAUCCAGUGCCUGGCUCCUUCAUUCCAUUUGUGCACCCUGCACCUUACAGCCUGUCCCAAAGUCCCACACAGGCACGCCUUCGGUCUUACAUUCCCUCUGAAAGCCUACCAUUCUCCAGUGCGGUCUGGAGAAAGAGUGCAGCUCAAUCUGCAAACAGCCGAAUUGUCUGGGAACAUACCAGGGGCCGAUAUAGUUGCAUGCAGUGUCCAUUCUCAAGUCUGUCACGGGAGGAAAUGACCUUGCAUUUGCAAGAGCACAACAAAAUCCUCAGCAGCAGGUUACCGAACGAGAUGGGUAUGUUCGUGAAUGCUGGCAACAACUAUGGCGCUCUGCCAAUGCAGUUCAGUGAAUCUCUGUUUACCUAAGUUUACGUGGACUAAGGCCUGUGUUCAGAAAGGCAGUCACCAGGAUUAUACGCUUGACAGUUGACAGUUCAGCAUUAUAUAUUGUGGUUGUCGGUGAAUUUGGGUCUAGUGAAUUUUGUUCUGUUGGGAGUUCGCAUAAAAUUAUAAAGACCAGCUUGCACCAAAACAAGCAGCCAUCUGUAUGUGCCAUCAAGAUGCAGUGUGAAAUAGAACUCUGUAUUUUUGGAGGGAUAGUACAUUUCAUUCAUUUAUGUUUCAUGCAAUGCUUCUUCCCUUCAAGUCAUUGACACCUUGUUGAGCUACAAUUUCAUGGGUUUCAAAUGCCCUUUGCAGCAUCUUGCCCCAUCCCUGUUGUUCAUGGUAAAAUAAUCAGCCCUAUUUGAUCCCAAGGCUCAUUCAGUAUCACCUGACUUCCACGCAUCUAUUUUCAAACGGGAUAGUCUUCAACUUCCCCUUUUUGACCCAGACCUCUCUGGAUAAUUGCAGCACCUCUACCUUGGCAAAAUCUAAGGAUCAGACAUGGGAUUUUCCUUCUUUGUAUUGUUCAAUUGUCCUGGCUAAACCUGUUAAGCCGCCAAAGAAACCCUGAGACAGUAUUUUGCACAUUAACAAUUGUGCCUGCUAUUUAGUGCUGAGGUUACCAGCAGAUUUAUCCUUUGUAGUUCAUUUUAAUAACGGGCUUAUUCAUUUCUAAAGCGAGGGCCUAUGGAUUUUAAAGGAUAUUACCAACAUUUUUUUUCAUUUAGUUAAUCAAAAGCUUUAUUUUCUCAACAUUUUUCUGUAGAAAACUAUGUAUCUUAGCUUUAUUGACAACUUUUAGCUUUCUGUACAAAUGUAACUGUGGCACAAUUUAUGUGCCCUUAGCUUGAUAAUGCAACAUGAUAUCAUGUCUAAAAGCCCCAGGGUAUCUCUUAUUUACAAAAACCAAAUGAACUGCAGAUGUUGUACAUCAGGAACAAAACAAGAAGUUGCUGGAAAAACUCAGCAGGUCUGGCGGCAUCUGUGAAGAAGAAAAUCAGAGUUAACGUUUCAGGUUCGGUUCUGAGAAAGGGUCGCCGGACCCAAAAUUUUAACUCUGAUUCUUCCGGGACGCUGCCAGAACUGCUGAGCUUUUCCAGCAACUUUGUUUAUUUUUAAUCUCUUAUUUAUAAUGUUUUGGAGCACUGUCAGGUAUACUCUCGAACACAAGUUCUGACGUUUUGGGGAUCCCAUUAAAAUUUUUGAUUUUUAGCAAUUGCAUUUCAAACAGUUGCCUCACUGUUCUUCUGUUUUUGUCGUACUCCAAGAUGCCAACCAUGAGCAACUGUCUAUGUGGGGUUUGUACAUUAUACACGCACACCCCUCCGGGUCUGCAUGGGUAUGCUCCAGUUUCCUCCUGCGGCCCAAGGAUACACGGGCUAGGUAGUUUGGCCAUGCUAAAUUGUCCAUAGUACCCAGGGACGUGCAGGCUAAGUGGGUUAGCAGUGGGAAAUACAGGGAUAGGAUAGGGGGUUGGAGUCUGGUAGGAUGCUCGUUGGAGAGUUGGUGCAGACAUGAUGGGCCGAACGGUCUGCUUCCACAAUCUAUGAUGGCCAUUCCAUUUUUUUGUAGCAUUUCAAAAGCGUCUUGCAAUACAUGCUAUACAGUUUGAAACCUCUCCUGUAAAAGUUGCAUAUGCCCAGGUUGAAAAUUUUGUUGCUCUUGAAUGUGGAUUUUUAUUCUACUUUGGCUGCUUCUCAUUUAAAGUUAGUGCCAAACAUUUAAUAGCACUUUCUACUUUUGUGGGACUUUUUCCUUCGAGCAUUCAAAACUGAUGAUGUGAUGACUGUCUAUCACACAAUAAAUUUCCCCUCUUGCUGCAUCCUAUGUGUGCAUGAUACUUGUGCAACAUUUCUGAGCACUGGAGCUUUAAAAGUAUGCUGUGGGAUAAUGGGUACAAAGGAAAAUUGUUUGUUUUUGUCUGUAAUUCCCCUCAAGUGUAGGUGAGACAGGAUUUCUGGAGUUAUGUUCUAACGCACUGUUGGGCAUUACACUUCUUGAACUAAAUAUUGGACUGGGGUAAAUAAUCUGCUAUAUGGCCCAUUUCUGAGGUCACAAAAUCUCCAUUGACCGUGUGUAUCCAGCUUCUCAAAAGUGUGGUAAUAAAUUAGUUUUCUUAUUUGGUUUGCCGCAAAAGAAUAAACCUGCGUGCGGGCCCAAUUUUAUAGUCUGUCCAGCUUACAUCAAAGGGGUCAGUUAGUGUGAAAGUUUUUGAGUUCAUCAUUGAGGCGAGGAAACAUUUUUGUUCUAGGGGAUCUUCAGUGUGCUCUUGGGUCAUAAUGUUAGGAUUUUACUUCAUUUCUCUGUCUGGGAAGUGAACUGUGGCCUAUUUUGUAGCAUAUGCUUCUCAAGAAGCCUGGUUUAUACACUGGCAGAGUGCUGUGCCAACCUGGAUUUAACUCGCAGCAGAAAAUGAUAUUUGGUUGUUCGUAGUUUUCAUCUUGGAACAAAAAAGCCAUUUCAAUGUAUCUGCACUAUAUUAGAGAGAUUGCUGGCUGGCUUCUGCUGGCCAGGAGUCAGCUAAAUUAUCUGCUGCAUGCUGUCCAAUGUAUUGCUUCAGACAUUUUCUCAUUGAUACACAUGGAAUCCCUCUGCUAAAUUAGAUAGCUUGUCAGAGCACAGCAUUGUUCAAUUGUCUGCUGCAACAGGUGAUACUUUUGAGGACUUGGAGAAUUAAAGGAUAAAUACAAUUGCCCAUGUUAAUUUUAGUUGCCAGCUUUAAAAUGUUCAAAAGCAGGAAUUUUAUUUCCUUUCCCUAUCUGCCAUAGCAACAUUCUUUUUCUUAAUUUCUACUCAUCAAUUGCUAACCUUCCAAACCGAAAUAAUAUCAUCAGUUCCAAUUUGUAUAAAGGUAAAGUUGCCGUAGUCCCAAAGGGCUGCAUUCUAUGAUAGAGAAAUGACCGAUGUUUUAACAUGGGGGUCAGCACGCAUCAGAUGAGGGAAGAGAUUGAGAAGCUGAGCCCAUCAUGGGUAGUCUCAGCCAGUGCGGGAAUUGAACCCACAUUAUUGGCAUCACUUUGCAUCACCAACCAGACAUCCAGCCAACUGAACUGAACUGAACUGACCACCUAAUUUAUGAUUGCCAUGGAAAAUCUGACCAGAUCGAUUAUCUUUAUGCGCUUUGUUCAAAGGGGAAGUCGUUGCACUGAGGUUAGCGUUGGUGAUUGUCUACAGCAGAGAUUUUCUGCAUUGCAUGUCAAGCCAUUUGUUUUUAUGUAUUUUCCUGCUUUCAUUUGAUCUGUUAUCAUUUGCAGUCUGCAGGUUUGUUCCCUUACACAAUGUACUAGGGAUUUAAUCUAAUUUUCACUGGGAACACAAUGCCCUAGGUCAUGACUUGUGGUCAAAUUCCUUCAGCUGUGGGCAUUGAAAGGGUAUAUUGGAUACUUGAUUUCCUUCUUUCAGACUUGAAGACCAUGUAUGGGUUUAAUUAUGCUCAUUGUUUUGCUUUUAUUGUAUCUUGUACAGUAAUUGAAAAUCU